AUGAGACACCAAGGCUGGACUGAGAGGUUCAACUGGCAGAGGUCCCUCGACACCCCCUUGCUCCGGAAGAUACGGGGACCUGAAGAAACUGCAGCACGGAACGCGUGUAACUACUACUUUCCACCUCGUGCCAAUAUAAUGGUGCAAAUCUGCGAUUUCUUCGCCGAGGAAGCUAAGAGUUAUAGACGCCCCUUAGGGGGGAUUGAAGAAGCAUGGGCAAACAAACGCCCAGAGGUCGAAGUGCGCUGGAUCCACAUCCCAGUCGGAAUCGGUUUACUCCAGUCGACUUUGGAAGAUCUCUUCCUACAUGCCGGCGUAGGCAAAAUGAGCCAACACAAACUCUUUAAACAGGCAGGCAAGCCAGGAUGGCCUUAUACCGACUUGAACGUUUUGACCUUUUAUAACCACGACUACUCCAUGGAAAUGCUGGAGGCCCUCGACUUGCUCUCUAAGGAUGAGAAUUUGAAACGAGGCACGAGCGAUGAUGAGCUCGUCGAGAUGCAACCUACAAUCAAAGACGAUCUGAAAUGGAGGUCGCGUCACCUAGGCGAGGACAUCAACUUUUGGAGCUUGGUCAAGGCCGACUUCCCGCUGCAGUUGGGUGAACAGUUCGGAAGCGACGAUCAAGGGCCACUGGAUGGUAAACUACUGAGGAUCUCCAAGUCUGAUCGCCAGGUACUCUCCCUCCAUCCGCAGUAUACGAACUCAUUGUUGGCAGUGAGCAGGUUGCGUGCAUUCCACCGGUCUGACGGAUUCCUCUUGACGUUCGGCAAUACCACUGGAGUGGACUACCUGAGUCGUGACUUCGAAUCUUGUCUGAAACUUCCCAACGACGUGAUCCUGCAACAGCCAGAAUUCUCCGUUAUAGCCCACGUAAUGACGGCGUUCGAAAACUCGGGCACCAGUCGUUGGCAUCGGAGAACGGUGGAGUGGCUCGUGGUCUACCUGUUCACAGAAUCUGCUGUGACACCACAUAGCAUGCGGGGCGGGAUGAAUGCGAUAUCCCCUUUAAAUGCGUACAAGGAGCUGACCUAUAUUCUGCAACGAGAACAGGAGUUGCCCUGGAAAAAGGGUCAAAGUCCCAAGUUGGUGAAAAGGUACCUUUCUUGCCUCCGCGAGCUGCGCGGCAUCCACAGUGUCAUAAGCGAAAAACUCGACAAGCUGCGGGGAAUGCAGGAAGACUGCGAGGCAAUGGAGCGGGAGUACCAACAAGAGGGCAAAGACAUUUACCUGGAAGAAGGGUCCGAUUCAAUGGCUAGUCGACUCGAAUGGGCCAUCCGGAUCCUCGAGCGAAAGGAGAAGGACAUCAAGGUCAUGAUCCCAUAUGUGCAAACCGCACUCAAAGAGUUGUUUAACCUUCGCACUAUCGAGCAAAACGACCUCGCUAUCGUGGCGGAUAACCAGAACAAGGCGCUCUUUGUGUUUACAGGCGUGACGGUCGUGUUUCUGCCCCUGUCCUUCUUCACGUCGUAUUUUGGGAUGAACUUGGCCGGCAUCUCAAAUACGGACAAGGACGAGUAUUUCUUCUGGAAGACGUGCGGCGUGGGCGCGAUUAUGAUGUCCGCGAUGAUCAUCCUUCUUGCCUACUGGUACGAAAUUCGGAGGGCGCUGAGGUGGCCGAAGAGGGCUGUGGAGGAUAACUGGUGA